UGAUCGGCUCCAGGCCAGAUAGGGGCGGUAAUGCUCCGAGGGGUUGCCAGUAGAAGGCAGAACAGAGACGAAGAAGAAGACAGUUUGGUAAUAUGUUUGGCUUCACGGAAUAAAAGUGUGAUAAAGGUAAUACCAUAGCAGGAGUGGAGCUACAAAGUUCAGUCUGCACACCUAAAGCAAGUGCGAUAGCUUGUAGUGUUGGAUCGACAGGCUCGAUGGCUCAAUAUACUCUUGUUUCGGGGUCUGUCGGCUUGAUUACUCUCCACAAUCCGCCUGUCAACGCACUCAGUGCAGCGGUGAGGCAGGGCAUUGUUGACACGGUGGAGAGAGCACUCAGUGACCCAAAGGUGAAGUCUGUUGUCAUCUGUGGCCAGAAUGGAGUAUUCUGCGGCGGGGCGGACAUCAAGGAGUUUGGGACAAACAUGUCCGGGCCUCCACUGGUACCAAUGAUCCACACCAUCGAGGCUGCAAACAAGCCGGUGGUGGCGGCCAUAGAGGGAAGCGCUUUAGGCGGAGGCCUUGAGUUGGCACUUGGGUGUCAUUAUCGAAUUGCCCACUCUAAAGCCAGACUGGGGCUUCCAGAGGUGAGUCUGGGUCUGUUGCCAGCUGCAGGAGGAACCCAACGUCUGCCAAGGCUCAUCGGCGUCCCAGCUGCCUUACACCUCAUCACCACAGGCCGCCGUGUGACUGCUGCUGAGGCCCUGCAACUUGGAAUAGUGGAUCAGGUUACUGAUCACAACACCGUGGACGUAGCUGUGAAGUUUGCCCUGAGUGUUGAAGGUCGGUCCCUUGAUGCCCGUUGUAUAAGCACUUAUCCGUGUCCAUGCCCGUCUGAUUUGGAUGCUCUGUUUGAGGGGGUGAUGCAGAAGGUGCGUCAGAGUGCCCGUGGAGCUAUAGCACCAGUGGCGUGUGUCCAGGCGGUGCGGGCAGCUGCCACCCUGCCUUACACUCAGGGCAUGGAGCAGGAGAAAGAGCUGAUGGCCACUCUCUUCACCUCAGGCCAGGCCCGUGCCCUGCAGUACUGUUUCUUUGCUCAGAGAGCUGUUGACAGGUGGAGCAUGCCCGGUGGAGCCCGCUGGGACACAAGCAAGCCCAGGCCUGUACAUAAAGCAGCUGUCAUUGGUCUUGGCACCAUGGGGAGAGGCAUAACAGUGGCCCUGGCUGAGGCAGGGUUGUCUGUGGUUGCUGUGGAGACUGAGGAGAAGCAGUUGAUGGAGGCAAAGCAGGCAAUAUCCGGCAUGUUGGAACGAGGGGCUAAGAGACAUGGGGUGGCUCCUGCACCUGAUAGGAUCAGUUACAGCCAGAACAUCCAGGCUGUAGCAGACGUUGACCUGGUCAUCGAGGCUGUGUUUGAGGACAUGGCCCUGAAAAAGAAAGUCUUCCAGCAGCUGUCUGCUGUUUGUAAAGCAGGCACUUUCCUGUGUACCAACACUUCUGCACUAGACAUAGACCACCUGGCCUCUCAAAUCCGCAACCCGGAGCUGAUGGUCGGGAUGCACUUCUUUGCCCCGGCCCAUGUCAUGAAGCUGCUGGAGGUGGUGUAUGGGCCACGGUCUUCUCCUCAAGCUGUCGCCACUGCCAUGCAACUGGGAAAGAAAAUGGGCAAAGUCAGUGUGGCUGUUGGUAACUGCCAGGGUUUUGUGGGGAACCGCAUGCUGAAGCCAUACAUCGAACAAGCUUUCUUCCUGUUGGAGGAGGGAGCUACACCUGAGUUGGUAGAUCGAGCGCUGGAGGAGUUUGGUUUUGCCAUGGGUGUGUUCAGAAUGUCUGACCUGUCUGGGCUCGACGUGGGCUGGAAAGUCAGAAAGGGAGAGGCGGAGCCUGGCGUGGCAUCAGGUCAACCAGCUAGAAUCCAACAAGACCACAGGUACAGCCCCCUGGGAGAUCUGCUCGCUGAGCAGGGGCGGUUUGGCCAAAAAACAGGCCGGGGAUGGUACCAGUAUGACAAACCCGGCAGUCGGGUUGCCAUGUCUGACCCUUGGCUGCACAGUUUCCUAGAGGAGUACCGUGCCCAGCAUGGCCUGGUGGCACGCCGCAUAGACCACCAGGAGGUGCUGGAGCGCUGCCUCUAUGCCCUGAUCAACGAGGGCUUCCGCAUCCUUGAGGAUGGAAUAGCUGCAGGACCUGAAGACAUCGAUGUCAUCUAUGUGUUUGGCUACGGCUGGCCCAGGCACCGUGGAGGGCCCAUGUUCUACGCCGGCAUGGUGGGGCUGGCGAAGGUCCUGGAAAAGCUGGAGCACUACCACCAGGCUCACCCUGAUGUGCCCCACCUGCAGCCCUGCAGCCUCCUCAGGAGGCUGGUGACCAGUGGCAGCCCACCUGUCAACAGGUGGAGGGAAGUCAUCAAGAAACUCCAUAGCCAGCUUUAAAUCUCACACACAUUUCAGCUUUAAUAUCAGUCUCAUUCACUUUAAUAAUGAUCUUAUACUGUGAUAAACUGAACUGAGCCCUGCAAUAAAUCCUAUCUUUGUGAAGCUUGUAGAGUUUGUGUUGACGUUGUAUCAGAGAUGUUGAUUCAACUUGCAAUAUAUUGAUUGUAUCAUUGCUUCUAAUAUUUUGUCUCCCUCGUGUAUGUAAAUGCGGGUGGUCAUAAUACUAGAAACAUCUUUGCAACUACUCUGACUACUAUAACUGAGCAGAAUGAAACCCCUCCAUAAUGUAGAGUUACUCAACUUUACAACAGUUGGAAGUGUUGCAGGGCUGUUGCAUUGGAAUGAAUUCGAUUGUACAAAUGUAUCUAAUAAACUGGUAACUCAGUGAAUAUAUUGUCUAACUCUGUAAUAACAGAUCGCCAUAAAGGCCUCCUGAACACAAUCUGCAGUUAAAUCUUGGGGUUUUAAAAUGUAAUAAAUCAAACUUCACCAAUUGCAACAUGUGCAUGCAAAAGAGAUGAUUUAACUGAUUUAAGCCUAUGUUAGGCUUGUUUGGUUGUUAAUUAAUCAUGCUAAUACAUUUUGGUACAUUUUUUACUGCAUGUAUAAUAAUAAAUAAAAUCUCAUCUACAUCUAUCAGCUGAUGCCUCAGUAAAGACCUGUUAUAUACUCAAA